UACAACGACUCAGCAGCUGCAGCAGCAGACUGCCGCUUCCGCCCUGCACAAUAAAUCCAAGAGGCGCCGGAGGGACGGGCGCAGGCGCGCCGCAGUCGUCAUACUCCCCGAGACGCCGCAUUGGAUGCUCCCUCUACCCACUCUCGCCUCUGCCCCUCGCCAUUUUCGCUGAACCAAGCAGCAUUCCCUGGUUCUUGGUAUCCUCCUCCGCAAUCUCUGGUUCUGGAGAGGUAGCGCGGGAGCAAGGCUUUGCUUGGUUUCUGAAGAUGGGGCAGAGAAAGAAAAGCCAUGGUUCGUGAGGCAUCCGGGUUCCCUGCUUCUUGGUAGCCCUCGGCAUUGCCGUCCUAUCGUUCUUGGGGUGCAGGCUGGGGUUAAUCCGGCCAUGAGGAAGCACGGGUGGCAGCUGCCCUACCACCCUCUCCAGGUGGUGGCUAUUGCCGUGUUCUCCGCACUGGGUUUCGCCUUCUAUGUCUUCUUCGUGCCGUUCGUGGGGACAAAGCCUUUCCAGAUUGUGGCCAUGGCUAUCUACACUCCACUGAUUACAUGUGUUGUUGUGUUAUACAUAUGGUGUGCCGCAACAAAUCCUGGAGACCCGGGCAUUUUCAGUUCAACAAAGGAUUUGAAGUUACAUAAGCAUGAAAAGCACUCCAAUGUAAAUUCAGAUCAGGGAAUUAGUCAUGGAGGAAGGCCAUUAAGUGAGGCUUUUGGUACUGCUGAUAACAGUGAGAAGCUGAGCAGCAUGCUUGAGAGGAAGGAUUCACCCUCUUGGCCCAGAUUUUCUGGAAUACUUUGCUUGGUUUGUUUCCCAUUCUCAUACCUUUGCAAGCGAUGCCUCCAUUCAGAUAAUGAACCUUCAGAACAGAACAUAUGUGAAGAGGGCAUGUUUUUCUGCAGCCUAUGCGAAGCAGAGGUUUUAAAGAACAGUAAGCAUUGCAGAGUGUGUGACAAGUGUGUUGAUGGCUUUGACCACCAUUGCAGAUGGCUUAAUAAUUGCAUAGGGAAAAGGAACUACAAAGGGUUCUUUGUUCUAAUGGCUUCUGCGGUUAUCCUACUUGUGAUGCAGUGGUUGUCAGGAGCUCUUGUGUUGAUUCUCUGUAUUGUUAAGAGAGGAGAUUUCUCCAGGCAGAUUGUCACAAAGUUGGGAAGCAGCUUCUCAACUGUAGCUUUUUUAAUUGUUGUGGCAACUUGCACCAUUUUAGCAAUGGUUGCGACCAUACCACUCGCUCAACUUUUAUGCUUCCAUAUUCUUCUUAUCAAGAAGGGAAUUAGCACAUAUGAUUACAUCAUAGCUUUGAGGGAGCAGGAGGAUCAACAAGAGGUUCCUGGACAUCAAAGUCCACAGAUGUCUAUUAUAAGCUCUGUUACUGGAUUUAGCACAGCCAGUUCUUUUGGACCACUUCAUCGUGGUUCAUGGUGCACACCACCACGAUUAUUCCUAGAAGACCAGUUUGAUGUUGUUCCUCCAGAGAUCGGCAUGUCACAGAAUUCAGGCAGUAAGAAAAUGAAAGAAGAGGAAGUAGGAAGGAGAAAACCUGGACCAGUGAAAAUCAGUCCUUGGACACUGGCACGCCUUAAUGCGGAGGAAGUUUCUAAAGCAGCUGCAGAGGCUAGGAAGAAAUCCAAAAUCCUGAAGCCAAUUGCAAAAUAUGAUGCUUCGGACAAUGGCAGUAAACCAGAUCAUAAGCUCAGCAACAAGAGACGACCAGACAGAAGAGGUUUCCCCGCUGAACUUUCUCUUGACCCUCUUGCAACUCUAUCUGCAAGUGGCAACGAAAGCAAUUUCAGUGAUGCAGCCAUGGAAAUCUCGGGCAGUUUAGCCCCAUUACAGCUUGAAGCGAGAAGCGCUUUCCAACCGAGUACUGCAGGAUCCGCCAGAAACAUUGUUUCGUCACCUGAAAGCAGCUUUGACUCGCCUGAUCUCCACCCCUUCCGCAUUUCUUCAUCCACAGCUGAAGAGAUGCAGGGAGUCAUAUCACAUUCAGCUCACAAGGGCAUUGAGUUCACAAGAUCAUCCAGCGAUGGGUAUGAAGCAUCAGGAGGGGAAGAUAGUGACUGCAUCCCAUCAAGAAUCGUGCACAGAUCGUCAAAUUGGGACAAUGUCAUUCUGAAUGCUGGUCAGGGAGGCCCUGCAGUUGAUCUGCACAUGCAAUCAUCUGAAGGGUUUGUUACUAACUUGAAGUGAAGCUAGCUUCCAGGCCGUCUCUGAUUUGCGAAUCAUAUGAAACUGCUGGUGUUGACAGUUUCCGGCCUUAGGAUUCGUUUAGGUCCUUACUUUAUCUGAUUAUAUGUGGGGGAUUAGAAUUUAGAUUAAUUCUAGGUGCUAAGUUUUUCAGGUUUCAUGUCUGUAAAACGGUCUUGGUCGCUGGUUUAGCAUUCAAUUGUCAUUUUGGCAAAAUGUGAAUGUGAGGAUUAGUCUUUGUCUAAAUUUCUUGCUGUGCAGUCGGACCAUCUUGAACAAUCGAACUCGUUCUUCAGUUU